AUGGGUAACAGCUUCUCCAGCAUCCCUGCACUGCCCAGAGGCAACCAGAGCAGAUUCCACAGGGUCCACCACCAGCACCUCAAAGACUCUAUAGGUGGACCCUUUCCGGCUUCCUCUCACCGAUGCCACCACAAGCAGAAGCAUUGUCUGCCCAUCACGCAGUGCGGAGCUUUGUCAAUCAGCCCACUGCUUUUCCAUCCCCACGCCAAGGGGUCCCAGAUCAUCAUGGACAUGGCACAGAAGGCAGUGAAGCGGCAGGCCAGCUUCUGCAACGCCAUCACCUUCAGCAACAGGCCUAUCGUGAUCUACGAGCAGGUCAGGUUAAAGAUAACAAAGAAGCAGUGUUGCUGGAGUGGGGCUCUCCGACUCGGAUUUACUUCCAAGGAUCCCUCCCGGAUUAAUCCUGACACAUUGCCAAAGUACGCUUGCCCGGACUUGGUUUCCCAGAGUGGAUUCUGGGCCAAAGCCCUGCCAGAAGAGUUUGCAAAUGAAGGAAACAUCAUAGCAUUCUGGGUGGACAAAAAGGGCCGGGUGUUUUAUCGGGUCAAUGACUCUGCUGCGAUGUUGUUCUUCAGUGGGGUGAGGAUCACGGAACCCCUGUGGGCUUUGAUUGACGUGUACGGACUCACCCGGGGGGUGCAGCUAUUAGACAGUGAAAUUAUUCCUCCCGACUGCCUGCGUCCGAGAUCUUUCACUGCAAUUCGCCGGCCCUCGCUGCGCAGGGAGACAGAGGACACCCGGCUCUCCGUGAGCCUCUGCGACCUCAACCUCCAGGAAGAGAACUUCCAUGUGCUGGCCACCAUGUGUCCCAUCCCUCAGAACUCCCUCAAUUCUCAGCAUUCCCAUCUCUUCCCAUCCCAGCUCGAAAGUGACCUCCGCUUCCACCAGCUCAGGGGAGCCCAUGUCAAAAUCCUGGAUGACCAAACUGUGGCCCGGCUGGAACAUGCCCGGGAAGAGAGGACUUUGGUUUUCACCAGCAGACCCCUUAGAAUCAAUGAAACCAUUUUUGUCAAAAUUAACAAAUCAAAUGCCUCCCGCUCCGGCACACUGUCAUACGGAGUGACCUCUUGUGACCCUAGUACUCUGAGGCCCAGUGACCUUCCUUAUAACCCAGAGUCGUUGGUUGACAGGAAGGAAUUCUGGGCAGUCUGUAGAGUCUUGGUGCCCCUCCAGAGUGGAGAUAUCUUGGGGUUUAUGGUGAAUUCAGAAGGCGAACUGCAUUUGAGUCAUAAUGGUGCCAGCGCCGGCAUGCAGGUCUGCGUGGACUGUUCCCAGCCCCUCUGGAUGUUCUUUGGUUUACAUGGAGCAGUUAUGCAAAUUCGAGUAUUGGGUUCCACCAUAUUGGCCGAGCGACUGGGCCCAUCUACACCGAGCUCUCCCACUUCAGCCCCAAAUUCCCCCACGGUUCUCUGCAGCGGGGUUUCGGAUCCAAUCCUGAGUACGUAUGGCUCCGGUCUGCUCUGCAGCUCCGUCAGCGGCACAGCUCCAAACUCCCCGGUCAGCAUGCCGGAGUCACCCAUCUCCCCAUCUGGCUCAGGGAUCUGGGGGGACGAGUGCACCAUCUGCUACGAGAACAUGGUAGAUACCGUCAUUUACUCCUGCGGACACAUGUGUCUCUGCUACCCGUGUGGGCUGAAACUCAAGAAGAUGGCCAACGCCUGCUGCCCGAUCUGCAGACGGGCCAUCAAGGAUAUCAUCAAAACUUAUCGUAGCACUUAG